AUGGAGGAAAACAAGACAGCAGGAGAAGAAGAAAGGGGACAAGAAAUUUGGAGCUGGGGCGCUGGUACAGAAGGACAACUAGGAUCAGGAAGGCUUCAAGAUGAGCACAGCCCUCAACUCCUCCACUCUCUCUCCUCUUUUGGCCCAAUCUCUUCCCUUUCCUGCGGCGGCGCCCAUGUCAUUGCACUCAUCCCUGAUGGAAUAGUGUUGACAUGGGGGAGGGGCAAUUCUGGUCAAUUGGGCCAUGGGGAAAUGAUUGACAGCUUACAACCGAAGCUGGUAAAGGCUUUGGAAGGCCUUGUUAUUACUCAUGCCUCUGCUGGCUGGAACCACUCUGGAUUUGUUUCAGACACCGGUUUGUUAUUCACCUGUGGAGAGGGUUCAUUUGGUCAGCUUGGGCAUGGUCAUUCUAAAUCGCAAUUUACACCAAUAGAAGUCCCAUAUUUCAGUUCUAAGCAUGUUGAGCAAGUUGCUUGUGGUAUGCGUCAUUCACUGGUCUUACUAAGAGAUCCUUUGCGAGAUCAAGUGUAUGGAUUUGGUUCUGGAAAGCGUGGUCAACUGGGGAUAUCUAACAAUAAAGUGAAAUCUGCAAGUCUUCCUCAGAUUACUUUGGGAUUGACUGAUGUCAAAAUCAUCAGUAUCAAUGCAAGUGGAGAUCAUAGUGCGGCAUUAUCUUCUGGUGGACAUCUGUACACAUGGGGAAGAGGGUUUCAUGGUGCCUCAGAUUCGUAUAUUCCGCAUUGUUUUCCUGCAGAUUUGUCAUUCAACCAGGUUGCUCUUGGUUGGAACCAUGCUUUAGUGCUAACAAGUGAGCAUAAAGUGUUUAUGCUUGGUGGCCAUCAUCAUGGGGCACUUGGUGAUCCUCAGAAAACAGCCAUGUUGAAGCACACAUCUGAAGAAUUAGAGGGUGGGAUCCUGAAAAGAAUUCCUAGUCUUGAUGAAACGGAAGUUAUACACAUUGCUGCAGGUGCUGAGCACUCGGCUUUAGUAACAGGGAACGGAUCAGUAAUGACAUGGGGUUGGGGUGAACACGGUCAGCUUGGCUUGGGGGAUACUGUUGACCAAACUGACCCUCACGUGGUGAGCUUAGAUCAUAACCUAGCCGAGGAACAUGCCAUAUCCAGAGUCUAUUGUGGGAGUGGGUUUUCCUAUGUUACAAGGACAUUUGAUGGGCAUUUCUCGAAUUAG